AUGUGGUUCUCGUCCCUGCGACAGAAGCUGCAGCUGCUGAUCAUCGUCUUCUUCAUCUUCGUGGCGUUCGCGGCAUCCGACGCGGCCUGGAUGCCCUGGGCGACGCUGGUGAUCUUCCUGACGAUGCUGCUCAUGACGGAUCUACUGUUCCUAAACGAAGCUGACUUCAAAUUCGACCCAGACUAUAAGAACUGGGCACGUGCAGUGGACCCAAAGUAUUGA